UUUAUUUUGAAGGUGGCAUUACCAACCGGAAUCGGUAUCACUUAUUUCCCCGUCGCCAUACGUGUUCAACCAUCUGCUAGCAGUAUCCGAGUGACAAAUUUAUCCGGGAUUAAUUUUUCUCAACCUGCCAGGAUGCAGAUAUGUAAUGUGUGCAGCGAACAGACACCAAAAUACAGAUGUCCAGUCUGCAAAAUAAGAUAUUGUUCACUUGGCUGCUACAAGCGGCAUAAAGACACUUGCCUCCCUGCUGAACAGCCCGCACCCAUUGUUCCUGAAGCAAAGCAGGCUUUUAACACAGAGCCUUGGAGUGUUGAGGAUCUUCUGCAUGAAAAUGACAUCAUUGACAAAGUGCCUCUGCAGAGGCUCCAGCUGUUAGGUCAGUCAGAAGAACUAAGAGAUCUUCUUUGCAAUCCCCAUCUGAGACAGUUAUUGCGCUCUAUUGACAGUGCAGAGAGCAAAGACGGUGCGAUGAAGGCUGCAAUGCAGGAGCCCCUGUUUCUUGAGUUUUCAGAUCAGUGUUUGAAAAUUGUAGAAAAUGAAGCAAAUGUCUAAUGAAGCCGGUGAUUUGUAAAAUUG